AUGCUAAGAAAAAAAUUCCCUUUUUUUUUAACAAAAAGAUACAUAACUGAACAAAAAAUUUUUGAUAAAUUAAAAAAGCUACAAAAUAUUAAUGAAUGUGAAAAUUUAAAAAAAAAUGAAAGUGAAAAAAUUGAAAUAAUUAAUAUUGAUGAUAAAAUAUAUGAACAUACUAUGUUUAAAAAUUCAGAACAAUAUGAAAAUGAAAAAGAUGAAGAAUUUUAUGAGAAUAUUAAAUCUUUAAAGAAUAUGAAUAUAAAGAACUUUAUUGAGGAAACACUUGAUUAUUAUUGCUCAAAACAGUUUAAAGAAAAUGAAUGGACAAAUGAAAAUAUAAAUAAAUUUAAAGAUAUAUAUGAUACUAAAAAUUUGAAUAAAACAAUUUCUAAUGAAGACAUAGAACCAGAAAAGAAAGAGAAAGAAAAAUGCACAAACGAAAAUUCUUAUCAUAUAAAGGAACAUAAUCAUUUAAUAAAUGAAAAUAUGAAAAAUGAAAAAUUUAAAGAUAAAUAUGAAAAUUUAACUCCAGCACAAAAAUUUUUUGAAGAAAACAAGGAAAAGCUAAUAUAUGAAAGCUUAAAAUUAUAUAAUGAAAAAAAAACAAAAUUAAGUGAUAACGAGAAUAAUCACGAUUAUUAUAAUUAUAGUAACGAUCCAAUUGUGAGACUUAGUGAAAACUACCUAUUUGAUUACGAAAAUGAUGAAAAUGACGAUAUGAAAGAAAACUUAGAAUUAGAAAAAGGGAUAAUGCCCACAAUAGAACAAGUAGUUUGUAUAUUAAAACACGAAAAAGUUAAAAAUAUUAAAGUAAUAGAUUUAAAUAAAUGUGGAAGAAGAGAUAUUGGUAUGUUUUUAAUUUUAUGUACAGGAGAAACAGCAAAACAUAAUAAAAAAGUAGGAAAAUUAAUAAGUAAAAUUUUUAUUGAUUUAGAUAUACCAUAUAUAUCUAAUGUAGUAUAUUGUUAUUGUAAUAAAUUUGAUGAUUGGAUAAUAAGUCAUUGUGGCCCUUUAAAAAUUCAUAUUGUAACAAAAGAAUUAAGAGAUUUUUAUGAUAUAGAAAAUUUAUUUUUAUAUCCACAUGAACAUUUUGAUAGUCAACAUUUCCCAUCUUUUUUUGAUUACACCCCUGGUAUACCUCCACCUUAUUUAGUUAGAAGCAAUGAAUCUUUAGAUGCUUAUCAAAAUGAUGUAAUAUAUCAAAAAUUUAUUUCUGACACUUGA